AUGUCGACCUCUAACAUGCCCAGGCGCCUCGCCACCGACGUCGACCCGUCGAAGCUCUCGUCGGUCAAGAACAUCCAGCAGGGUUCGUCAAUGGUGAACCGCUUCGCCAAGCGCGACCCCGCCCUCUACCCCCUCGCCUUCAUCAUGGUCGGCAUCGCCGGUGCGACCGGCUACUUCUUCACCAGGAAGUUCGGUGACACGCACGGCGACCUUCACCUCGCCGAGAGCGGCGGCAUGGUCCACCCUUGGGACGACAAGAGCAAGCACGAGGUCCACCCCAACUCCACCGCGGCGUUCAAGUACCGCUACAAAACGCCCCAGGGACACAUGGAGGACGCGCACCCCGUCCUCAACUCGUCGACUCACAAGGUCAACAACCCCAGCACCAAGUGGAGCACUACCAGCUAA